AGCGUCCAACGCAAUACCGAUACUUGUAGGACCUAGAUAGCAGCGUCAGACUACUAGAUCGUUGCAAGAUGGCUGCCAGUAUCGAGGAGAUCACGGACGAUGUCCAGGACAUCAACGUCAACCAGGACGACUCUUCCGACGCUGGCGAUGGCGAGGUUGCCAUCCCGGACCGCGUCCAGUCAAGAGCAGAGCGCAAGAGUAGGAAGGCCCUCCAGGGCCUAGGCCUCAAGAAGAUCGAUGGCAUCACAAGGGUCACCAUGAGGAGGCCCCGUGGUCACCUCUACGUCGUCGAGAAGCCCGAUGUCUACAAGUCUGCCAUCACCGAUGUGUACAUUGUCUUUGGCGAAGCCAAGUCCGAGGACAUGUCUGCCGCACUGCAGGCCCAGCAGGCGCAGAUGGCCGCCAUGCAAGCUCAGCAGCAAGAGAUGCAGGGCCUGGGAGACGGCAGCGACUUUGCCGCUCAGGCCGCCGCGCUCGCUGGCGCUGGUACCAGCGAAAAGAAGGAGGAAGAGGAGGAGGAGGAUGGCGAGCCCAUUGACGAGACGGGUCUCGAUACAAAGGACAUCGAACUCAUUAUCCAACAGACUAACUGCUCCCGUCGCAAGGCCGUGAAGUCCCUCAAGGCUAGCGAUGGUGAUCUGAUCAAUGCCAUCAUGGCAGCAUCCUAAGCGGGAUGGGUUGCCUUUCCUCCCCGCCGCCGACGGAUGCAAAGAUUUGCUGCCAGCUGUAAAGAGAUCAUGCACACAUGCAUAUCGAUGUACAGUAGUCUUCCACAAAAAUUACACCGGCACUUGCUGACAACCUGAAAAA